UCGAGUUGGAAAGAAAAUUGGCAUUGGUUUGGAAGUCCAGCGACGGUGGUUGUUACAUAUUGCCAAGUGAAUGGCCUAUAGCUGAUCAUUAGUUACAAUUUUUCAUCAUACAAGAAUAGAACACUAGUUAAAAAUGAAGUUUUUAUAUUUAACUUUCUUAAUUUUACCCGCUACAUUACUGUGCUUCCAAAGUGCAAACACAAUCCUAGCUCAUGCAGAAGAAGAUGAACUGGAUGAUGUGGUCGACAUUGAAGGUGAAGACAGCCAGGUAGUGGGUGAGGAUGCUCUUGGAGACGAUGAUGACUCUGUUGUUAAGUCCUCGCAGGAUAUCGAUACCACCAUAUUGUUCACUAAACCUAUACCUAAUUAUGGAGACAAUGCAUUUGACCUACAAGCUGGCUACCCAGUUGAGUUCCUUGUCGGUUUCAUCAACAAGGGCAGCGAGGACUAUGUGGUUGAGACAAUGGAAGCUUCCUUCAGAUAUCCGCUGGACUACACAUACUAUAUCCAGAACUUCACCGCACUGCCAUACCACCGAGAGGUGAAGCCCAAGGAAGAGGCUACUUUUGCAUACUCAUUUAUACCUAAUGAGGCAUUCGCGGGCAGGCCAUGUGGAUUGAACAUUCAGCUUAAUUACAGAGAUGCUAGUGGCAAUUAUUACCAGGAGGCUGUAUACAAUCAGACAGUAAACAUAGUGGAAAUAUCAGAAGGUUUGGACGGAGAGACAUUCUUCUUGUAUGUGUUCCUCGGAGCAGCCUGUGUGCUUAUCUUGGUUUUGGGUCAGCAAGCGCUGUCAUCACUUGCCCGCCGCCGUUCUCCUCGCUCUGCGCCCAAACCUCUGGAGACUGGUACAGCUAAUGAUGUGGACUAUGAUUGGCUACCUAAAGAAGUUGUUAACCAGCUCAAAAAAUCUCCGAAGACACCGAAACAAUCUCCUCGCAUGAGGAAAGCAAAGAGAUCUGCCGGAGAUGAUUAAAAAUUAAAAUUAAAUAUUAAUUAGAGAACACCAAAUGUUGCCUUGCACAGGCUUUAUAACCUGUUGAGUGUGACUGCAAUAAUUAAAAUAAGACUAGGCUAUGACGUUUAA